CAUGAAAACACUAGAGAGAGAGACAAGAGAGAACAGGAUAUUUACAAAAGCAAAGUCAACUAAACCUUCUCUCUCUCGUCCCUUAUUCUCUUUUGCCGGCGCCACCGCCAGAUGUUUCUCCGUCGAACCGCCGUCGUCUACAUACUCCUCUUCUUCACCGCAGCAUCCUCUUCCUUAGUCGCAGCUCAGAACUCUUCAUGUCCUCUCGACUUCUCCAUCUUACAACCUUUCAAGCGUCCAAGCCCCGAUGGCUCCACCACCUGCCAAUACCUCCUCCAAGGCCUCCGUCUGGUCUACUCUCACCACCUGCGUCAGACAGGUUCAUUCUCACCGCCUCUCUCCUCCGCCUCCUCUUGCUGGGACGCUUUACAGUCCUCCAUCGCCGGGUUCCUCCCUCGCUUUGACGUCAGAUCAAGAUGCGGUUUCCAGACGCCGUGGAUCUCUCAGGGGUGUAUGAACAUCACCACCAGGUCUCAGUUUGAAGCUCUGAUCCCUAACUCAACGCUGAGCACGGCUGUGAUGAGAUGUAACCUCUCUCUUGAGAGUAAUACUCCUUGUGCUUCGUGUACUCAGAGCUUGUCUGCGUUUCAAGCUUAUCUCACUGGAGCUUCACUAGGAAACGUCUCCGACUGUACUGGCUUUUCUUCGAUCUACGGCGCUGCUUUCGCUAACAGGUUCGGUCCUACUGAUAAAGGAACUGCGAAAUGCUUGUUUCUGCUUGAUCUUGCUUCUUCUAGUGGCAGCGGCUCUGGUAAGAAGAAGGUGGUGAAGAUACUAGUUCCGUUAUUUUUUAUACUUGUUGUAGCAUCCGCUUUGAUUCUAUGGUACUAUUUAAAGAGAAAGAGAGACUUCAAGAUGAGGAGGAUGAAGCUGAGGCAGCAGAGAGAUAGUUUAGAAGCUGGAAGGCUAGACUCAAUGAGCGAGAGCACUACUCUGGUUAAGUUCACUUUCGAGGAGAUCAAGAAAGCCACCAACAACUUCUCCAGGCACAACAUCAUAGGCAGGGGAGGCUACGGUAACGUGUUCAAGGGAGUCUUGCAAGACGGCACUGAGGUUGCUUUCAAGAGGUUCAAGAACUGUUCGGCUAAUGGAGACGCCAACUUCGCUCACGAAGUUGAGGUCAUUGCGAGCAUACGCCACGUCAAUCUUCUUGCCCUGAGAGGCUACUGCACGGCGACUACGGCUUACGAAGGUCACCAGAGGAUCAUAGUGUGUGAUCUUGUGAGUAACGGUAGUCUUCACGACCAUCUGUUCGGAGACUCGGAGACUCACCUUCCCUGGCCUCUAAGGCAGAGGAUAGCUCUUGGGAUGGCGAGAGGACUUGCUUAUCUGCACUACGGCGCGCAGCCGUCGAUCAUCCACAGGGACAUCAAGGCUAGUAACAUUCUCUUGGACGAGAGGUUCGAAGCCAAAGUUGCUGACUUCGGGCUAGCCAAGUUCAACCCCGAAGGAAUGACGCAUAUGAGCACGCGUGUCGCGGGCACGAUGGGAUACGUAGCUCCAGAGUAUGCGCUCUACGGGAAGUUGACAGAGAAGAGCGACGUGUACAGCUUCGGUGUGGUGCUUUUAGAGCUUCUGAGCGGGAGAAAGGCGAUUGUGACGGACGAGGAAGGGCAGCCUGUGUCGGUGUCCGACUGGGCGUGGGCCCUUGUCAGAGAAGGGCAGACGCUGGACGUGGUGGAAGACGGGAUGCCGGAGAAGGGAUCUCCUGAGGUCCUGGAGAAGUAUGUGUUGAUAGCAGUGCUUUGCUCUCACCCUCAGCUACACGCGAGACCGACGAUGGACCAAGUGGUGAAGAUGCUGGAGAGUAAUGAGUUCACUGUUAUCUCUAUACCUCAACGGCCGAUCUCUCUGGUGGCUUGUAGGGAGGAGAUAGACCGGUCCGUUAGUAGCAGCAGUGGCUCUGGGAAGCUGACUAGCCCCACGGGUUAUCAGGCCUUCUCCUUUGGAGCUGAUGGACCUGGACACCAAUGAGCUCUCUGUUUUUGCUGGUAACUUGUGAAUAGUUGUUAGUGUGUACAUUCAUUUCAUUCUUUGAUGGUUCUGUCACUUAAGCAUAAGAUGUAUCGCUCCAAUAAAUUUAUCUUUGUGUAAUGCUUUCCUAUCCAGAGAAUUAAGUAGAGAUAAUAGAAAUCUUACAUGUUCGUAUAUCGUUUUGUCCUUUACUAAGAAGAAGUUGUACAUA